UUCAAGAUGGCGGCCGCCUUACGGUUUUGCAGUCGUCGUGUUGUGAGGCAAGUAAACCUGCGAUCCGUCGUUGCCUUGCGUCAAAACCUACGAUGUAUGGCUACACCAGACACAGUGACACACACUGGACAGGUUUGGGAUGAUGCAGACUACAGGAAUGUCCGUUUUACCAACAGGGAGAAAGAGGUCAACCCCAAUUUUAGCAUAAACCUUGUUGCUGAGGAGCCACCAAUCAAGAUCAAAGGCAGAUCAGUGAACUGCGAUGGAGGUGGUGGGGCACUUGGACAUCCAAAAGUCUUCAUCAAUUUGGACCCAGAGGGCCCUCAUACUUGUGGGUAUUGUGGACUGAGGUUCAUCAGAGAUGAUCAUCACUGAAACCCUCUGCUUCUUGAGACCUUGUAGAUAUUGGGCUGUUGUACUCUUUCAAGCAGAUAUAACUUGUUAAUUAUUUUGUGGAGAUUGUAAUGUUCUACUGAUAAAUGAAAUAAAAUACCAAUUUUCUUCAAAA